AUGUCUUUGAAAAGAACAUAUGUUGAAGAAGAAAUUUAUAAUGAAUCUUGUAAGGAGAUUAAAAAACUUAGAUUGGAUUUACAAGAACGAGAUGAAAAAUUGGAUGAUAAAAAGAAAAAGUAUCAAAGAAAAAAAGAAACUUUAUAUGAAUUAGAUGUUUUAAAUAAAAUUAAUGAAUUAGUUAGUACCGAUUUAGAAGUUUAUCAACAAGAAGAAGAAGUUCAACAAGAAGAGGAGGGUGUUAUUUCUCAACAACAAGAGGAAGAAAAAGUUAUCUAUCAAGAAGAAGAUGUUAUUUAUCAAGAAGAAGUUGAAAAAGAGACUGAUGAUGAAUUAGAUUUUGAUCUAGAUGAAGAAUGGUUAAAAUUUUUGGAAACCGAUAAAUAUUAG